CUCCAACACUCGACCACGAGGCCUCCUCUCCAACACUCGACCACGAGGCCUCCUCUCCAACCCCGAGCAUCAUCAGCAGACCUCGCGGCGUCGACGACAGCCAAAGCCCGUUCGCCGCUCAUCCCGAACCCCAUCGCGGCUGCUCUGCUCCUCCGCCUUUGUCUCUGCUUCCGCUGCUCGGAUCCGUCUCGCUUGGUCCUGCACUGCCGCAGCUGCGCCUCUCCACGGGGCCAAUUACGUCACACUCAAACCGGGAGCCGAGAAGCAAUAAAGCCAGCCAGCUGCUCACUUGGCAUCCUCCUCCAUCGGUUCUUUCUCCUUUCUUCCAUCUUCUUUUCUUAUUACAGCCUCUUCUACUCUCAUCCACUUCUACAAUGGGUCUCGCUGCUAAACUCGCAGCCUCUGGACCUCCCGUCGGCGCUGCUCCCACCGCUACUGCCGCUGCCGUCCCUCCCGCUGGUUCCUACCCCUCCGCUGCCGCUCCCGGCGGUCUUCCCCCCAAGCCCGCGCAAUCGCCUUACGGCCAGCAGCCCGCCCAGCAGGUGCCCUACGGGACCAAGCCCGGCGCUACUUCUUCGCCCUACGGCCAGCCCCAGAGCCCCUACGGCGCUCCGCAGCAGUCACCGUACGGCCAACCACAAUCACAGCAGCAAUCACCGUACGGCCAGCAGGGUCAGCAGCAGCAGUAUGGUGCUCCUCAGGGACAAUACGGUGCUCCACAAGGGCAGUACGGCGCGCCUCAGGGACAGUAUGGCGCUCCUCAGAAUCAGUACGGCGCUCCUCAGGGACAAUACGGUGCUCCACAAGGGCAGUACGGCGCCCCUGCUCAAGGUGCAUAUGGCGCUCCCCAGGGACAGUAUGGUGCUCCUCAGGGACAAUACGGUGCUCCACAAGGGCAGUACGGCGCCCCUGCUCAAGGUGCAUAUGGCGCUCCGGCAGCUGCUGCCGGUGCUGCCGGUGCUGCCGGUGCUGCCGGUGCUGCUGGAGGAUCGGGCAACUACCUCAGUCUACUGCAGAAAGCCGUUCAGGAGAACCAGCUUCAGGCGUUCUACCCUCCCGGCUCGCUAGAGCAGAUCGCGGCGCGCAUCGGGGGCCAGCUGCAGCAGAUCGCGCAGCUCUGGCGUCUGCCGAUGGAGAUUGCGGUCGAUCUCGUGCGUCUGGCGCUUUACGACAUUGUUCUCUUUGUCGAUGACUCGGGAUCGAUGGCCUUUGAGGAGAACGGUGAGCGGAUAGACGAUCUCAAGCUGAUUCUCGCUCGCGUCGCCUAUGCUGCCUCGCUCUUCGACCAGGACGGAAUCGAGGUCAGAUUCAUGAACAGUCAAACCCAGGGCAACGGCGUCAACUCCGAGCAGGCCGCCUCGCAGCUCGUCUCGCAGGUUCGCUUCGCCGGCCUGACACCGCUCGGCACAAACCUGAACAAGAAAGUCAUCGAGCCACUAGUCAUCGGACCCGCUCGUAACGGCCAGAUGAAGAAACCCGUCCUGGUGAUCGCGAUCACCGACGGUCAGCCCGCAGGCGAGGAUUCCAAGACCGUCUUCCGCGUGAUCAGAGGCGCGAAGCAAGCCGUCGCGCAGUCGCGCUACGGACCGGGCGCUGUCGCGUUCCAGUUCGCGCAGGUCGGUAACGAUCUCAAGGCGCGCGAGUUCCUUGGCGCGCUCGAUACCGAUCGCGAGGUCGGUAACCUUGUCGACUGUACGUCGAACUUUGAGUCUGAGCAGGACGAGAUGGCGCGUUUGGGCGUGAACCUCACGCCUGAGACGUGGCUUGUCAAGUUGCUGAUGGGCGCUAUCGAUCGGUCUUACGAUACUCAGGACGAGCAGGGAGGACGUUGAUUUCUAUAUCUUGUAAAAAAAGACGAGAGUCUGCUAGGGUUUAUCUGGUUAAUAUGGAUAUGCUUUGUUUUGUUUCUUUUGCCAUAGUAUAGUAUUUUUGUAUGCGUGACUAUAAUUGUAAUCCAAUAGUAAUAUAUCAGCAUAAUAGACGAUUACUUGCUGACGCUGAGUUCUAGAGCGUCGGUGUAGUCCGCGGCAGAAGAAGGUAACAGGUGGUCUCAAGCU